CGGCCCCGGCCCGCCGCGGCUCCUCAGGGGCUGCCCGACCUCGGGGGCUCCGCCAGCCGCGCCCGCCGGCCGGGCCGGGCCGGGCCGCUGCCAUGUUCACCAGCACCGGCUCCAACGGGUUCUAUAAAGCGCCUUUGUCAAAGAGUUUGUUACUAGUCCCAAGUGCCAUCUCGAUUCUAUUGACUCUGCUCUUCCAACAUUAUCAGAAGUUCUUUGCGUAUAACCUACAAGCUGUAAAAGAGGAUUUUCAGAUUUGGAGACUUGUAUCUGGAAGAACAAUAUGUCUUGAUUUGAAAGACACAUUCUGCAGCACUCUGCUCAUUUACAACUUCCGAAUAUUUGAAAGAAGAUAUGGCAGCAGAAAAUUUUCAUCUUUUUUACUGGGCGCUUGGAUGCUCUCAGCUUUGUUUGAUCUUCUCCUUGUAGAAAUCACUCAGUAUAUAUUUGGCAUCACCAUCAACAGCUUGCCUUCUGGUUUCUUGGGUCCUGUGUUUGCGCUGUUUGUUCCGUUUUAUUCCUCCAUUCCAAGAGUGCAGGUGACACAAGUAUUGGGCCACUUUUCUAUAACCAAUAAGUCUCUGGUCUACAUACUGGGUUUGCAGCUCUUAACCUCUGGUUCCUACAUCUGGAUUUUAGCCUUAAGUGGAUUGAUUUCUGGGAUUUGCUACAAUAGCAGUAUGUUAAAAGUUCAUCGAAUUCUUUGUGUACCCAGAUGGGUAGCAAAGAUAUUUUCAUGGACUCUUGAACCAGUCUUCUCAUCUGCGGAGCCAACGAAUGAAGUUCGAGUGGGAAUGGGAGCCACAGUUGACAUCCAGAGGCAGCAGAGAAUGGAGUUACUGGAUCGUCAAAUCAUGAUGUCUCAGGUUGCCCAAAUGAGGCGGCAGAGACAGCAGCAGGGUGGGAUGAUUAACUGGAAUAGACUGUUUCCUCCUCUACGUCAUAGACAUAACGCAAAUUAUCAAGAUCACCCAUCUGAACAAGGCAUACCUCCACCUACUGAGGUUUCUGAAGAGCAGGUCGCACGACUUAUGGAAAUGGGGUUUUCCAGAGGAGAUGCUCUAGAAGCUCUGAGGGCUUCAAAUAAUGACUUAAAUGUAGCCACUAAUUUUCUACUGCAGCACUGAUGGUUUUGUGUGUGAAGGAGCUUCACCCGAUGGGUUUGUACCUGCCUGGGAGAGGAUCAAAGCCACCUGCUGGGCAGACUCACCAAGGUCAGCCUGCAGAGAGAGCGAGAGAGGCACGGCUUCACGUGACAGGUGACUCAGAGCCAUGUUAAGAAAUGAUGUGAACUGUUCCCAAGCCUUUGGAUCACUUGGUGGUUUCUAGUCUGGUUAUCCUUUUCAAAUUAACUUUAGUUUCUACUUGUUACUGGAUAUCACCUAAAUUUAUUUUUAAAUAAAAUAGGUGGGUUUUUUCUUGUAAAUCUUUGUUAGACGUUAUCAGACUUAAUGACUAGGAAAAAAAAGCUCCAACAACUACAACAGCUAGAUUUACCUGUCAAGAAAAAUCAUAUUUUCUUCAUUUACAAGUCUAAUUUCUCUAGCUUAAGCGUUAUUUUACAGUACUUGAUUUUUUAUUACAGUAAUAAGAGGUUUGAAGAUCACUUAAUUUUCAACUCAAUAAAGGGUUAUGGGACUAUUAUGUCAUUCUUUGCAAAGUUUUGUUAAUACCUGUAAUAUUUUAUUUCUCAAAUUUCUUUUUGAAUAAAAGUUGUCAUUCAGCACAUCAUAGAGAGA